AUAGAUAAUGGUUGAGGACUUUAGAGCAGAAAGUGUCAGACAAGGUUUCUAAGACAAGUGUAGAUCUUUUCAGACUGGUUAAGAAAGUAAUUCACCCCAAGGAUCUCGCAUCAGUAGCUUCUGGGGGGAUCAGAUGUCCUUUAGAGGAAGGCUCUAAUACUGAACAGCUCUUAUGAUUUCAAAGGGGCAGUCCACGAUGGAAGUCCUUCUGAUACUGGUCAUCCUCUGACUGAUGUUGUUCCAACUUUUUGUAGGGUGAGAUUUCUCUAAAUGUUCCAUCUGCAGGUGCCUCAUCAAAUGUUGUCUUUACCAUCUCUCCCUACCACUGAGCAGAAUGCAGUUCAGGGUGGAGGUGCUCAGCAGGGUGAGAUUUCUCCAGAUGUUCCUGCUGCUGGUGUUGCAUCAAACAUUGUCUUACCAUCUCUCCCUACCACUGAGCAGAAUGCAGUCCAGAGUGGAGAUUUCUCCAAAUGUUCCUGCUGCUAGUGCCACAUCAAAUGCCGUCUUACUAUCUCUCCCUACCACUGAGCUGAAUGCAGUCCAAGGUGGAGGUGCUCAGCAAGUUGGUGUUCCUGUUAGUCUCAUUCGUCACUUUGUCGCUUUUAGGAUGAAGCACAACUACACGGAAGCUAACGCGGUGGCCGAUAGUUUAGCUAAGCUCGCUAGGGUGACCCUUUUUAUAUUGAUGACUCUAUGACUAUUGAUAACACUGUGUAGUUUGAUUCACCUCCCGCUGAGGCGUCUAGCUUUCUGUUGGCUGAUUUGGCGGGUGUUCCACGUACCCGUAACGUCUAUAUGGUACCUAACUCAAAUGGCGGGUAGAACUCUUGCUUAGUUAUUAAUAUAUAUUUCCCUUUCUCCCAAAAAAAAAAAACAAAUUCAUGGGGACUGCGUUAACUAAGAUCUAUUAUAAGGAUAAUGUGGAAACCGUGCGAUUUUUAUGAGAUUGGCCAAUGAAUCCCAUAGACAUGGUUUUUGGCUUUGAGGCUUUACUUAUGACUAUGGGCGGCAUAUUUGCACCUCCACAAUUUAAGCUUAUAUAAAAUUGCGAUUUGUGAGUCGGUUGAUAUGACUGGUCAUCGAGCCGCUAACGAGCAGGUCGGGGCAGCUCGCACCCUCUGCAUGCAAUGUCUUGCCAGCAUGAAACUUUAUUUCCAUUAAAGUUCAUCUGAUGGAGGUUGGGGUGGGACUGUUUAUGGUUCAUAGAAGCACUCUCACUCAGUAGGAGCAAGCAACCUGAUUUCAGCAAGUGAUGCGGGAAGGACUAUCCUUUCGGUUAUCUUACUUCACGUAC